UCCAUAGCAGGAGAGGAUGAGGUGAUGAAUAUGGAGGAUAAGGGGUUCAGGCAUCUCGUGGAUUUCAUCAGAGCGGCCGGCAGACUGUCACAGGGAGAGAGGAAAACACAGGUGAACUGUCACCAUGAGGGUCGCUUCAGCCUGGACAGCACUUUUCUUCCUGCUUAUUCAGGGAGCCACAAGAGCCUGCACAGUGAAGAAAGUGGGCGGCAGCCCUGGAAGGUUUGCUAACGCCACUUUAGUGCGGCUGUCUGAGUUUCUGAGUGCUGGGUACAAGAAGGGGGUGAGACCAGUGAAGGACUGGAGGACGUCCACUAUAGUGGCCAUAGACCUCAUGGUUUACUCCAUCCUCAAUGUGGAUGAGAAGAACCAGGUUUUGACUACAUAUGUUUGGUACAGACAGUCUUGGAAGGAUGAAUUUCUGGUCUGGGAUCCAGAAGACUUUGAUGAAGUGAAACAGGUGUCUCUACCUACAGCUAACGUGUGGGUGCCCGACAUCCUCAUCAAUGAGUUCGUGGACGUGGGGAAGUCUCCGGACAUCCCUUACGUCUAUGUGACACAUGAUGGACUGGUGAGAAACUACAAACCCAUCCAGGUGGUCACGGCCUGCACUCUCAACAUCUACAACUUCCCAUUCGAUGUGCAGAAAUGCAGCCUCACCUUCCAGAGCUGGCUGCAUACUAUUGACGACAUCAACAUCACGCUGAUGAGAAGCCCCGAGGAGCUCAGCGAGGACAAGAGUGUGUUCAUGAACCAGGGGGAGUGGGAGCUGCUCCACAUCCUGUCCAACUACAAGAUCUUCAGCGUGGACAAUGACGACUACUACGCCGAGAUGAAGUUCCAUGUGGUGAUCCGCCGGCGGCCGUUAUUCUACACGGUGAACCUGCUGCUUCCCAGUAUCUUCCUGAUGGUGAUGGACAUUGUGGGUUUCUAUUUGCCACCAGACAGCGGAGAGAGGGUCUCCUUCAAGAUCACGUUGCUGCUGGGCUACUCUGUCUUCCUCAUCAUCGUGUCUGACACACUGCCCGCCACCGCCAUAGGAACCCCACUGAUAGGUGUGUAUUUUGUGGUCUGCAUGGCCCUCCUGGUGAUCAGCCUCACAGAGACCGUGCUGAUCGUGCGUCUGGUGCACAAGCAGGACUUGCAGCCCCCUGUGCCCCACUGGGUGAAGUACCUGGUUCUGGAAAGAGCGCCAGUCCUCUUCUGCAUCCACAAGAAGCACCGUCUGUGCUCCAGACUGUCCUCCCAGGCCUCUGACAUGGAGCACUACAAGGACAACUACGGGUCUGCCCAGUGCAACCUCCACCACACCUGUGAGAUCGGCCAGAGGCUCAGCCAUCAUGACAGAGAAGGCGGUCUGCUCGGUUUGGGUCUGCCGCCCUCCAGGGAACCCACCCCGCCCGUCAUGGACAACAUCCUGCAGGAAGUGACGGCCAUACGGCACUUCCUGGAGAAGAGGGACAAGUGCCGGGAGGUGGCCAAAGAGUGGCUGCAGGUGGGCUACGUGCUGGACGUGCUGCUCUUCAGAGUCUACCUGGUGGCUGUGGUGGCUUACAGCAUCACACUGGGCACGCUGUGGUCGGUGUGGCAGGUCGCCUGAGUCUAACACCUGCACUGCUGUGGACACAAGCUCUCAGUGGGUUGAGCGCGGGAUUAAAAAGGCUAGAGUUACUGGCUCUGUGCCCUUUGUGGGCUCAGUGGAUACAGGGAGGCAGACGCAUAGUUAUGGAACAGGAAAAGGCUUCCUGAAGGCCUUUAGAUAAAGGUUACAUCACCUACUAGGUGAGCAACUAUAUCCCUGCAAACAUUAUUUAAAUGUGAUAUAAAUGCAAUCUGAGAUUAGUUUUUAGGAGCAAACAGACAAUGACAUACAUCCCAAAUAUCUUACAAUUUAAAAAUUACAACCCAACAAUCAUGUCCUAUAAGUACGGGAAGCAUUUAAAAUCUUCACAUUAAAACUAAAAAGAUGAAGUUAAUAGAAAACAAUAAAAACAGCCCAACAUCAACAAAUACAUGAACCUGUUCAAACACAUCUGUUAAGUGUAGUUCUUCAAAAAUCACAUGCAAGGACCCUAUUAGGGGGGCUUAAAAUCACAAGUCAUCGUUGGUCUGCGUUGUGUUUAGAAGAAAAAAGGUUUCAGAAUCAGAAUAAAAUAAGCCAGUUAAAAAAGAUGCAGAAUAUCAGAUCAAGAACUUAAGAAGCCCACAUUGGUUAAAGCUGAGAAGAACAGACACAUCGUUUAAAGGAAAAACAUGGAAAUGUCCAGAAAAUUAUAAUGAAGAAGAUUAUUUGAAGAAGGGAUACUUGGUGAUUUAAUUUAAAAAAUAUAUAAUAUCAUUGUUAUUGAAGUGUAAAACAUCGACAUAAAUGUGUGAAAUAUGUACUUUUACUUGUUUUGCACUACAAGGUGUUGCAUGCAUAUGCCGGGUUAAAGGGACAUGUCCCCUCUACCCGGUCUUCUUCUUAACCUAAAGAAACGUCCUCAUCUAUAAAUAUUCUUACAGAUUCCCUCUCUGUGUUUAUAAAAUAACUGCAGGCCAAAAAAAAACCAAUAAAAAAUCUAAUAUAGAAUUGAUCUUAAAAGAUUUUAGAUGACUUCAUUGUACAGUGUUUCCCCUAGGU